GGGGUGUGUGCGCGCCCGCGUGUUCCGAGGUUUCCGUCUCUGAAAAUCUCUGAGCCGUCCGAGGUUCCGAAAUUUCAAUCAGUGCAAUAUAGCUCUUUUCUUGCAGAAAGUUCGAGGUUUCAUGAACAGUUAAUUCGUCAAAAUGCGGAAAUAUUUUCGUGAUUUGACAAAGAGACAAUAAAAUCGUCGCCUACUGCAGCAUACAAAAAGGAACAGGAACAGACAGCAAUGGCAUAUUCUCCAAAGAUUACUGUAGUUAGCGAUCGUAAUAAUGUACAGUUAGUCUCCAAUUUUCACCAAUCUACUGUUACUGCUGAUAAUUUAGACAGUAAUGAUGAUCAUGGAUUCAGUGAUGAUGUUUCAAUGUUCCAUGUCCAAGAAAAUUCUGAAAAUGAGCACAGAGGAAACUUUCCCAAAGAUAUGUACAAAAAUCAAGAGCUUUCGAUUUGGUUAUGUUCGUGGAAAUUGAAACAUAACAUUUCAUACGAUGCUAUGUCCGAACUCUUGAACCAAUUGCGCAUUUGUGGAUAUGCCGAUCUACCGAAGGAUGCAAGAACGUUGUUAGGAACACCUACGUUUAAUCCUGUCGAGAUUUCUGCCAGCGGAGGAGACAUGAACGCGCAUCAGAACACAUUCUGGUAUUGCAACUACACUGAUAAAGUCGGCCCGAUUUUAUGCAGCGAAAUUGACAGAAGCAACUUGAUAAUCUUAAACAAGGACACUCCCACGCUUAUGCAACCGCCGAAUGCAAAUCUAGUCUUGGCCUCUCCACAUCUGGCGCUGAUUGCUGACUCACAAACUGAUUCGAACCCACAGGGCAGCAAUCAUUUUCCAGUCUGUACUACGAUCGGAGGAAACAUGAACGCACCUCCCACGUUCUGGUAUUGUGAUUACACGAAUAAAGUCGGCCAGAUUCUAUGCAGCGAAAUUGAUAGAAGCAACUUGGUAAUUUUAAACAAAGAUGCCCCCACGCUUAUGCAAUCGUCGGACUUGGUCUUGGCCUCUCCAAAUCUGGCGCUAAUCGCUGACUCACAAACUGAUUCGAUCCCGCAGGGCAGCGAUCAUUUUCCAGUCUGUACUACGAUCGAAGAUGACGGUAACAUUCGAUCCAGAAGUUUGGAUGACAAGUCUGAGCAGGUGGUGGCUGACAAGUCCGAGCAGGUGGUGGCCAACAAGUCCGAGCAGAUGGUGGCCGACAAGUCCGAGCAGGUGGUGGCUGACAAGUCCGAGCAGAUGGUGGCUGACAAAUCCGAGCAAGUAAUGACCGUCAAGUCCGAGCAGGUGGUAGCCGACAAGUCCAAGCGAAUAGUGGCCGACAAGUCCAAGCGGAUAGUGGAGGACAAGUCCAAGCGAAUGGUGGCCAAGAAUUGCAGUCACGAUGAAGAUGCUCAAAAUAGCGACUGGACUGAUAAAAUUCGUCUGAGGGAGCAUCUUAUCUCAGAAAUUCGGAAGAGGCCUGCUCUUUGGAAUUUCAAACUUCCUCUCGCAAAGCGCAAAAUUCAUAGGAGAGAGAGACUAUGGGAAGAAGUUUCCAUAAAACUUAAUAAAGAAGGGUCAACCAAGAAGCUCAAAAAGAUGUGGAGAUCUCUCUGUGACUCCUUCAGAGUACAUCAUUAUAGAAAGAAGAUGUUGCCGAGUGAAUCUACGAUCUGUAAUCCAUGGGUUCAUUACGAGAGCAUGAAAUUUAUUUCAGAUGUUCAACUACAAAGCUUUACGAUAACAAACGCAUCAAAAACUAAAGCAACGGAUAGGACAGUAAACGAUGACAAUUCAACCGACAGAUGUACCAGAAACAGAGCUACGAAAAAUCGAGGACGAAGAUGCACGAAACGAGGUUGUACAUAAUCUAGUCAAACUUUCGACACUAAACGCGAACUUGCGUAUAAACUCAAACAUAACUGAUUUUAUGAAUAAUCCAGUAAACCACAGAAUAUAACAACUAUA